AUGCCUCCAAGAGCCCGCUCCCAGAACAUCGUGCCCUGUACUGUGUCACAACUGCUGGCUGCUGAGCAGGUCGAUGAAACCUUCAGGAUCCGCGACGUGGAGAUAUCUCAAGUCACUAUCAUGGGGAUAAUCCGGCAUGCGGAGAAAGCACCGACAAACAUUCUCUACAAAGUAGACGAUAUGACAGCGGCCCCGAUGGAUGUCAGACAGUGGGUUGAUACUGACGAGGCAGGUGGUGAGAAUGUUGUAGUACCUCCAGGAACUUACGUAAAAGUAGCUGGUCAUCUUCGGUCUUUCCAGAAUAAGAAGAGCUUGGUGGCUUUUAAGAUCAUGCCUCUGGAAAAUAUGAAUGAAUUCACCACACACAUACUAGAAAUUGUCAAUGCACAUAUGAUCCUCAGAAAAAAUCUUAUGUCAGCAUCAAGAAUGCCUCAGUCCCUUUCCUCUGCUGGGAUAGGUGAUGUGGGGAGCUACAGAGGAGGUGGCAGCCUGCCAGUGAACGGACUUACAGCGCAUCAGAGUCAGGUGCUGAACUUGAUUAAGAACUGCCCUGUUGCAGAAGGUAUGAGUCUUCAAGAGCUAAAAUUUCAGCUCCACAAUAUCAGUAUGGCAACAAUCAAGCAAGCAGUUGAAUUCCUUAGCAGUGAGGGACAUAUCUACUCCACUGUGGAUGAUGAUCACUAUAAGUCUACAGAUGCUGAGUGAAGCUAUUUCCACCUGGAUUUGAUUCUAAACAAAAGCUUGUCUGUGCUUCAAGUUACCCUGCCAAUCUUUGCAACGUGGAAGGUGAUCUUUGCUCUUUCUAGCCCUUGAAAGUUGCAGUUAUUCUGACUGCCUGCUUUGUCAAAUUCAAGGAAAAGCAAGAUGUACAGAAUUCUGUUGACUCAGUUACUGUGCAGCAGACAGGUGGUUGAAAGCAUAAAUAGAUAUGGGAAAAACGGAACUCUUCAAAGCUUUGGAGCCUUCACUUUGUGUUUUAUGUUUCCUAGUAGAGUGCCUGGAUUAGAAAGGAGAACGUCUUUCUGAUCUUGUCAUGGGCAGGUCGUCUUUUUUUUUCUGGAGUAGUUUCUCCUAACUCAGCUUUCAUUCCAUUUCAUUCACAAAGUGGGUAGCCAAUGCUGCAGUAACCAAGACUAGAUUUUUUGAUUAGUUUAGUCUGUGUAUUUAAACCUAUAUUUGUACUACAAGAGGAUCUUGUUACUGAAGCUUUUGAAUAUUUCCAAUAAAAUUUUAACUUGGGUAGUCUUGCA